AUGGAAGAGGAGGAAAAUAAAGAUAUAAAUCCAACAGACUCACCUGAUGUCAAUCCAGAAUCGUUAUCCACAGCCAAUUCAUCAGACCCAGAACAUAAAGAUGAUUAUUUGGAACAACCUGCUUUAAAAGAAGAAAUAAGUGAAGAUGUGGAAGAAGAAAAUGUAAAAAAACUUGAUAGCCUAUCCUUCCAUACAGCUAUUAGUUUGGAAGUCCAUGAAAUUGAUCAUAAUUUUUAUAAUAAAGAAUCGGAACUUAAUCACAUGAACUCAGAUGAAUCUAAACAACAUGAAGAGUCUGUAGAACCCGAUGAAAAGGUGACAGAACCAAAUAAUCAACUAAAUCACAAUCAAAUGGAAGUAGAUGAUUCUCUACUUAACGAUUUUGAAAGAUCGUUGCAUCUUAAAGAUGUUACGAAGACAAAUGAUUCACGAACGAAAUCGUUGAGCCAGAGAACAGAAUCCUCGAAAUCGAAACACUCAAGUAAAUCACAUGAAUCGACAGAAAGAUCAAAAAGAAAAAGCUCAAGAAGAUCGCAACAGUUUGGAACAAGCGAGAAUCCACUUGAUAUAACAGAAAUCACAGUAGAUUGCGGAAGCCUACUAGAGCUGUACCAAAAUGAUUAUUUCGAUGCAUUUAUGCACAUGUAUCACUUGUAUCAUAAGAAGGAACCGGGAGUACACGAGUACCUAGUAAAUAUGCUAUACACAAAAAGAACAGACGAGGAAAUAUCAUACUAUCUACCACAAUUAUGUCAAUUGUCAAUAUCGAAAUAUGGAAAAUCGUCACUACAUCGCUUCUUGCUGGAUAAAGCCUCAGUAUCAAUGCACUUCGCACUCCAACUGUCAUGGUUCUACCAGGCAGCAAUCGACGACCACAUCCCAAGUAUUUUAAACACUAAUAAUUUAUUUUUAGAAUGUGAUAGACUGACUCAGAAGAUGACACAGGAUACAGAAAUGGCGGUAGUAAAUUCAAAACUAAUUACGCCAGUAUCGUUCUCAAGACCAAGUUCAGAAAUGUCGAUUUCAGAAAAUACAACAUUCCCAUGUCUGUUGGAUAGGCGUCUUCUACUCGAGUCAUUUUCUAGAAGGACUCAACAGAAGUCAGACCUGUACAACUUGUUUACAAACGUAAACUCGUUGCUUGGAGCAAAAAUUCCAACCUCGUUAGUUCAUAACACAUUCAUGCUAUCUACGCCGACAUCAAAAGUAAAGCUGGUUGGAGUACACCCGAAACUGGGUAACGCAAUAGUGUUGGAAACACACCCGAUUCUAGAUUACACGCAGGAUUUACACCUGGAGCUCCAGAAGCUGAUGAUGAAGCAGAGAAGACUAAACUAUUUCAACACGCUAAACAACUUUGUUGAGCUGUGCAUGCAGAACUCGUCGUUAUUGACGACGGAAUCGAAGAGAGACGCAAGAGACCCACUACUGAGAGUUUUCGCAAGUGCGUUAAACGAGUGGAUGCUGCUAAGAAGAUGCAUAGUAGCAGCAUACGAAGAAAGCUUCGCAUACACAGGACUCUCACUCCCAUUUGACUUUAUAAAUAAGCCACAAAAUAACUAUAGUAAUAAGCUUAACGGAUAUAGCACAGUGCAUAAUAAUGACCAGGCGCUGCUCCAGAUAUUAAGAAUACUGGAAAAUGAGACUAAAAUCUUCUUUUCAAGGAAGAGAGCACCUUUUGUGUUUUAUGUCGAAAUGGGAAAUUUGGACGAGGAUAUCGAGCUGAUCUCUUACAACACAAAUAAAGAUAGAGAAACAGGAAUGAAAGACUUGUACGUGUUUGACGCAAUAGUUCAAGAUUUGCUUAACUAUGAAUUGCUAACACCAGAACAGGUGGAAGCAAUUAAGAACCCACUCGAGUGCAUUAGAUACGCCCUGGAUAUGCUGCCACAAGAAUCCCUAGAUCGAUACAACAUCUUAUCGGAAGAAAAAAUGAACACAGAUUCCUCAGAUAACUACUCAGCAAAGACGCAAACCUCAGAUGAUUCAUUCGCAGUAAGCAGACAUAGCUCAUACUCCAACACUGACGAGAACAUGGUAACUGAGCUAGAUUCUUUAUCAGAAACAGAGUCGAAAUCAAAUGAAAAUACAGAGUAUUCAAGAGUAGACCCAGAUUCACAGGAAAAUAGUCCUAACAUAGUUAACUCACCACAAGUUGGAGAUACAAACACACCAAACCAAAAUGUAGAAGAAUCAUCACCAACUUCUAAUAGAGAUGUGAGUCCAGUAGACAAGGAAGAAUCAGAUCCAACUAAAGAAACACCACGAGAUGGAGAAACUAAAACAUUAAAUGUAAAGAACCUUAGUCCACAAGAGGUUAGGAAAAUAGUCUUUGCAGAAACAUUCGACCAGAAGAAAGAGAAAAUAAGAAGAAAAUCACCAUACGGAAACCUGAAAUCAUGGGAUCUACACGCAUUCGUAAUCAAGGGAAAUGAUGACCUGCGGCAAGAAAAAAUGGCAAACCAAGUUUUGGAAUCGUUUAGAAGAAUAUUCGAAAAGGCAAACCUGCCACUGUGGCUAAGACCGAUAGAGAUUUUGGUUACAGGCUCAAAUUCAGGAAUCAUGGAAUUUCUCCAUGAUACAUACUCAGUGGAUGUAAUAAAGAGGAAAUUUAAUGCAGAAUCAUUGGCGCCAGUCUUUGAGAAGCUGUUUUACUCGAAUAUAUACGAGGCAAGGAAGAACUUCAUCGAAAGCCACGCGGCAUAUUCCAUAGUCUCAUAUCUCCUCCAAGUCAAGGAUAGGCAUAACGGAAAUAUAUUGCUGGACCCAUAUGGACAUGUAAUUCACAUCGACUACGGGUUUUGCCUUUCAAACUUCCCAGGAAAACUUAUUAGCUUCGAAACUUCACCCUUCAAGCUCACAAAAGAGUAUCUUGAUGUCAUCGAGGGAGGAAACCCAGAUAACUUUGUAUACUUUAAGACUCUUAUUACAAAAGGGUUAUUGGAGGUUAGGAAACACGUAGAUGAAGUUGUUCUACUGGUUGAGAUGAUGACCACAGCCAAUAAAAUGCCCUGCUUCCUAGCAGGUACCAGCUACACAAUCGAGAUGUUCAAGGAACGCUUCAUGCUCAACCAAUCAGAAGAAGCAUGUAUAAGGAAAAUAACAGAAAUCAUAGAUGCAUCGGUAAAUAGCUUCUCCACAGUCCAGUACGACACCUAUCAGAGGCUCACAAACGGAAUCUUGUAA